AUGGGCGGAUCAGUUAACUCAGUAAAGAAGAGGAAACGGGUGGAGAGAGGGCAGGGCGAGAAGUCGUCAAAAACAGGCCCCGCAGUUGGCACUUCAAACUCCUCCGGAGUGAAAAGGGUCAAGAAUUCAUCAAAACCCCAAUCGAAAUUACCAGAGAGAACACCAAGAGCACGGCCUCAUUCCAAGCAACAGACAAAUGGCCAGGACGAGUUGGACUCUGGUACUGAUGAAGAUGGCGAUGUUCAAGGUUCUGGGGGUGAAGAUGAUACCCCUAUUCGAGACAACAAAGUCUUUACAGAUUUGAACCUACCGACCGAAAUACUCAGUUCGAUAUCUUCUAUGGGCUUGAAAGAGCUCACUAGCAUCCAACGUAAAACCAUGCCUCUACUGUUGGCUGGAAGAGAUGUCAUAGCGUUAUCCAAACCUGGCAGUGGGAAAACACUCGCUGUAGUUGCAUCAAUUAUCUCCUUGGCUAUAUCCCGCAAUGUGAAGCCACGUAAGGGCACUAUCGCUAUCAUCCUGACCCCGACCCGUGAAUCUGCGCUUCGGCUACACGGGAUCGCAUCAGAACUUCUCUCCAAUGCGCCUCAGACUCUUGGUAUUGUAACCGACGGGUCAAACAUUCGUCCCGAGGUCGAGAGGCUGGCGAACGGGGUAAAUAUCUUGAUAGCCACUCCUCGCCGACUCUUGGAGCACCUCAGCACUACUUCUGCUUUCGUGAUCCGAAAUCUCAAGAAUCUUGUCGUUGAUGAUGCGGAACGGAUUGCGAAAACGGCAGGGGUACACGAUAUCUUGGCCAAUAUUAACAAGGUUCUUCCCAGGAAGAGGAGCACAGCAUUGUUCUCCGCUGAGACUAUCGAUGAAACUGUUGUUGAGACCUUACAUUUCAGGUCCCCACACCGGAUACGGGCCGAUGAUCAAUCCGAGCAACAGUCGGAACCUGUUGAGGGUCAGGUACAGGGGUAUGUUCUGUUGGAGCCAGAGAAGCGCUUCCUGCUUCUUCACUCUUUCCUGAAGAAGUUUUCACGAAAGAAGAUUAUUGUUGUCUUCUCAUCAACAGCUGCUGCCCGAAACCAUGCGGAUCUUUUGUCGACCCUUGAGUUGAAAACCUGCCAAGUUCAUGCGAAACAGUCAACACAGCAACGAGCAAGUAGCUAUUCGAGGUUCAAAGAAGCCCGGGAAGGUGUUCUUAUUUGUACAGAUGCUAUGUUUUGCGGUUCUGAGAUCCCUGCCGUAGACUGGAUAGUCCAGUACGACCCUCCGGAGGAUCCACAAGAGUAUAUCGGUCGUUUAGGCCGUUCUGUUGGGGCCCGAAGUGUGUUGUUUCUACUACCUAACGAACAAGCGUUUGUCGAAUAUCUAAAAGAAGCGAAGGUAGAAACUGAAGAGUUUGAGUAUUCGUCGAAACAGUUGGUGAAUAUCCAGAGUCAGCUUGAGAAGCUAGUAUCGAAGGACUACCAACUACAUUGUUUGGCGAAAGAUGCCUUCAGAUCAUACCUUAAAAACUAUGCCCUACACGCCCUCCCUUCCAUAUUCGACUACUCAAAACUAGACGUUGCCAAAGUCGCAAAAAGUUUCGGCUUCGACACACCGCCUAGAGUAGACACGCAUCCUGAUGAAGCCAAGGACAUGAGCAAAGGGAGGAUGACCUACGCGCCACCGAAGUCCGGCGCGCUCCCUGGUAAGGUCGCCAAACGAAAAGCUACAGCUGUAUAA